AAAAAUUAUAAGCAGAUCUUACAAAGAUCAGAAAUUUUCUAUAUGAAUAUGUAUGUAUAUAUACAAAUGUAAAGUGUGUGCACCUAUAGCAUAUCUACAUUUUUUCUGCACAUUAUUGCCCGAUGUACCAAGGGGGGUCUUGAUCCUUUUUAUACCACAAAAGUUGUAUCAUUCACAUGUGCUAUCCAGACUCAUUAAGGCACAGCAGACUUUUUCGGAUAAACAGAAAUUCUGAUACUCAGGUGGCCAACUGCAUUAGACAGACCAAAGUUCAGGAGAGGAGAUCAUAAUCCUAUUUGAGAUCAACAUUUUGUAAAGAAGCCAUUUGUAUUAAACAGCAUUUUUUCAGACAAAGACUGAAUGAUUUCAUAAUAAAGACUUGAAAAGGACACAUGUCAUCUUUAUGAAGAACCUAUUCUUAAAAACUGUGUUGUGGUUUACAGCCUCUCUGGUUGGUCUGCCAUGUCUCGCUUAAUUACAGUUUUGAUCUAUGUUGCCUUGGACAUCCUGAGCACAGACUCAGCAGCAGUGAGGCUGACACCAGGCUCUCAAAACAACACACAACCAAAAGUGCUCUCUCCACUACUUGCCCAUAUCAAGCAACUCAGCAAGCCAUCAAAUGGCACAGCACUGCGAGAAGCUUGGAACAGUGCACUGAAAAGUGGCGACUUGUGUAUUGGGUAUUAUGAUGUCAUGGGGCAGUAUGACUCCUCUUUUAACUGCAGUACAGGGACAUUUAUUUUCUGCUGUGGCACCUGCCAGUACCGUUUCUGCUGUGAUGACCGUAAUGACCGCCUUGACCAGUCAUUAUGCACCAACUAUGUCACUCCAGGCUGGAUCACCAAGCCUCAUUCUACAACAACCAGAGCACCUGGUGUCAGUCCUAACAAUGGUGAUUCCAAGGACCAGUCAAGUAGUACUGUCUAUGUCAUCUGUGGUGUUAUCUCCUUCACUCUAGCUAUAGCAAUUGGUGUGAAGAUAGUUUUCAACAAGGUCUCACAUCGGCCUCACCCACGAGAUAUAAAUGUUCCAAGAGCUCUGGUUGACAUUUUGAGACAUCAGGCAGUACCCAUGAAUCACCCCGAGAGAAACAACUCCCUCAGCAUUGGAUCCAGUACACAGGAUAAUGGACCAUCUCGCAUAUCAAAGAACCACUACACUCCAAUUAAGCCAGUAAAGAGCAAUCCCAAUAACCAACAUCAGAAUUUCAUUCAUAUGCCUGUCAACAGUCCGAAACAUUCUGCAACCAUAGAUCGCUUCAGCCACAUGAACAAUAUCCAAAUACCUUCAGUGAAGUACAAUUCUCUCAUGUCAUCCCGUUCCUUCCACAACCUCUCACAGAUGCCGCCAUCCUAUGAGACAGCUGUGAAAUCAGACAUCAACCGCUACUCAUCUCUAAAAAGACUAGCAGCUGAAAAAGAUCUUGAUGAUUACUACACAAAAAGGCGUCACUUGGCAGAGCUGACCCGUGGAACUCUUCCAUUGCAUGUUAUGCGGAUGAACUAUGAACAUGAUACUUAUCGUGAGAAAUCUCAGAAUCCCAGACGUGUCAUGUCUCAAGAGCAUAUCUUGUCAGAUGACCACAUGCCUACAUAUAAUUACACCAUUUCCCGAGACAGGGUGGUUUCCCAUGAAAGGCUGCUUUCCCGUGAGGCUCUUCAUUCUCAAGAACGUCUUCUGUCUCCUGACCGGACCCUUCACAGAUCAAAUUUCCAUGGUGGCCACCUGAGUAACCAGAAGGCUCUGUCUCAGACCAAUGUCUGUGCCUCAACACCAAUGCUUGACCGCCACCAUAUGAUCAAGAUGAACUCUCACCCUACUUCAGCUAACUCCCCCAAGACAACAUGGGACAUGGGCAAUCAAACCACUAGUCGACGACAAGCAUUUGCAGCCAAGCACCAGAAUACUAUAGAGCAGCUCCAGUUCAUCCCAGGACAUCACCCUAGCAGCCAGCACUACCGCACUAGCAGCAAGAAUGAAGUCACAGUUUGAUGUGAUGCAACAUCUCUGGAGACCGGCUGUUUUUUUCUUUCAUUGGAGAGUGGAUUUGCACCAAGGACACAAAUAGUGGUGUCCUCCCAGCUAUCCCAGAACUGUAGCAUGGUGGAGCUCAACGUCUCUCCUUCUUGGUUCCCUUUAGAGCCUUCAGCCAUUAGUGGAGAGUUUGAUAAUGUUACACCCUGCUCUUCCUUGUGGUAUCAGUUGAUUUCACAAAGCCACAGAAACCAAGUGUGGACUUCUGUCAUUCAUUCUGCCCUGCCUCUGUGGAUACAGCUAAUAUUCAUUUGCCAUUUUCAUGAGAUACACCCAUGGGAUUAAAGUCAUAGGCUUCAUACUGCAGUGUUUGUUGGAAUACUAUGCUGCCUUUGUUUUAUUCUAACCAGCAGGCCCAGUGAUUUGUAAAACAUUCUCGGAUAUAUUUUUGUUUUGUUUUCUCUUAAUGGAGUGGUUUAAGGCAAGUAGCCAAACACUAUCAGAAGACAUCAACUACCUUCAGCUUUUUCUUUCUUAUCUUUCAUAUCUGUUUUAGUGUUCUCGAGUCUAUGGGCAAUAUUGGACAGAAAGUGAUCAAUAGUAUGCCUACAUAUUUUCAUUGUGACUGACUCUGAGGGGCGGGAGGGACAAAAGAAGAUAACCUUUUGCACAAACAUGCAACAAUGUGAUAUGCUCUACACAAACCCAGCUUCCUUUAACCCUCAAAGAUUGCAAUUAUGUUGUUAAUAGGAGUACUGAACCCUGUGAAUGAGCGUGGAUUCUCUGGACACUCAGGGAAAUAGUGCUUGCAGUAGUGGAGGGUCCAAAUACUUAUGACUCAGUUAGUUUAUCUGUAGCCCACAGAGAAGCCAGUAUCCAAACAGACUAGUAGUAAUGAUACCAGAAGUUCUCACUUACAUUCCUAGUAUUCAUAGAUGUGCUGGCAUCCACUUCAGGAUUAUCCAACAUUCCAGACACACACACACGUGCACACACACACACACACACACACACACACACACACAC